UAGCCGAGCGUCUCUCGCGUCUUUUGUGGUCUGGGGCUCGGUGCUAAAACUCAUUCAUGAAGGACAACGAAAAAUAUGUCCUGUACCGCUUCACCGGACACCCGGUCAGCGGCGUCAACUGGAGACCGACGCGGCUGGUCGACGACGUGCCUGAGGUGCGCAAAUGCCGCGUUUGUGAACUUAUUCCGAAGAAGAUAGUGAGGUUGCCAUGUAAACACUUUUUGUGCGAGUACUGCCUCGACUGCGCCUCCCAGUCUGGCAGCGGGCUGUGCCCCGUGGAUCGCACGACCUUCAAGGUAGCGAAGUGCGCCGUCAUAAGCUUCCCCGCCAAGAAAGCCAACCGCUUAAAAGUUUACUGUUGGAAUCACAGAUCGGGCUGCGAGUUCAAGGGCCCCAUUGAGGAUCUUGUGCAGCACUACGAGAACGAUUGCGUCUUCCACUUGCUGCGUUGCGAAACAGGAAGGCACUGCCUGCCACGCGAACUCGCUGUAGAGCACUUCAUUAAUAUGUGUGACAAGAGACUUCCAUGUUCCGAGUUGUAUCACUCGGCCUUGCAAACUACACCAGCUGCUUCUGCAGAUACCAGCGUCCAUGAGGACCGUUCGCAAACUACAGCUCCUGCUUCUGCAGAUACCAGCGUUUAUGAAGACCGCUCGGAAACUACAGCACCUGCUUCUGCAGAUACCAGCGUCCAUGAGGACCACUCGACAACUACAGCUGCUGCUUCUGCAGAAACAAGCGUCAACGAUAACCGCUCGCAUACCACAGCUACUGCUUCUACAGAUGCCAGCGUCAACGAGAACCGCUCGCCUACUACAGCGGCUGCUUCUGUAGAUACCAGCGUCAAUGUGGAACACGAUAAGGCGCAAUUAAGAGACGUUCUCAAAGAAAUCCAGCUGUCUGCACUUCAGGACCAGAUGGCUGUGCUCAUAAAACGUGUCGCUUAUCAGCAUGCCGUACUAAAGGAAGUCAUUGACGGGCAAAAACUAGUAGCGCUUACUCUGAGGGAUACCCUGACCGAGGUCGUAACAAGAACGAUUUCCGAAAGUUUUCCGCGACAGCCGAAGUCAAAAAGUUUCACGGAUGACGACGCCACAUCGUCGGCCCUGUCACUGUCCUCGGAGAAGGUAGUCAUACUUAGAAAGCUUGAACAUUACGCCAACGUAACGCUCGGCACUCUCGAAGAGUUACGUCAGAACAUGCGUCAAUUUGAUCAUCCUGCUGUAAUUGCUCGUUGUGAGCCCGUGCAUCCUAGUCGCGAUAGGCUUCGUCUUUUGACUCAAGUACAACCAACCAACUCUCAAGUUGGAGCAGAAAUACCAAGCGUCACCUAUAAUCUGACCCUUAAAAAUGCCGACGAAAUCUUUUCGAGUGGGAUGGAGGACCGUACGUUUGCUGAUGUGACCACGUGGCACAUGAGAGACACGUACUUUGUGGUCACUGUCGGAAAGCAUGUUGCUCACGGCGCUACGCUUUUCGCGAUAGAGAUUGAGUUUAAUGAUUUGCGUGAAGGUGCUCAGUGGUUGCCUUCCUCUCGGUCGGUUACCGUGAUACAUUCGAACGGAAGGAGAUGGGAUCUACUCGAAGUCGCUGACCUGCCUUGUAGCUGUAAGCGCAGUCUUGAUAAGCUACAUCAUGCUCACGUGUCAUUCUUGGCAGACAUCAAUAUCUUCAAUCAGGGCUUUUGCCAAGACAAAAAGAUGCUGAUCGAGAUAAAGCUAACGACAUAACCGAGGGGGCUUACCGAAAAAUUUCAUUUCACCACACUGUCAUACUGUCAUAAUUAAUCGUCUCGUGCUUCAACGCAUACUCAUAUUGCACGCUCUGUUUGCGAUAUCAACUAAGGGCGAUUUUAUUGGACAUGCUUUUAUUCUUUUCCUGCCUAUCAAUUACUUCUCAUAUCAGGCAGCGUCUUUUAAAAGCACAGGCUUACGAGUCAGCUAGGAGGAUACAAGAAAUAAACUAAACGAAAGAACUGUAGUCAUACUGUUUCUGUGCGAAAGAACUUUUUAUCUAUGCUGUGUGUUUCAGCCAUAAAAUGAGCAGUAUUAUUUCAGAAAUGUGCCCUCGAUGAUUUUUUACCACCUUACAAUGUCACUGUUGUGCGCAAGAAGCUUUUCCAGAUACUCUGAUUGACGAGCUUUACCUAUAUGUACGAAUAGAGCUAUGCUCGAGAAUCAAAAUUGAGAUUGCAAUUUAUUGAUAUGUGCAGUUCAACGUCUCAAAAUGAGCAUAUGAAUAUGAAAAACACCAUGAUGGAG